CUGCGAGUUUCUUCCUGCUCUCUGCAUCUGGCCUCUGCCUUCUAGCCACUUCCCUCGUGUCAUGGCCCCUAAACGGCAAUCUGCGCUUCUGCCUCAGUCCAAGAAACCCAAAUCGGCUCCGUCCCCGAAACUGGAGGACAAGUCUGCCUCUCCCGGCCUGCCGAAGGGAGAAAAAGAACAGCAAGAAGCAAUUGAACACAUUGACGAAGUACAAAAUGAAAUAGACAGACUUAAUGAACAAGCAAGUGAGGAAAUACUAAAAGUAGAACAAAAAUAUAACAAACUCCGCCAACCGUUUUUUCAGAAGAGGUCAGAAUUGAUCGCUAAAAUCCCAAAUUUUUGGGUAACCACAUUUGUCAACCAUCCACAAGUGUCUGCACUGCUUGGGGAGGAAGACGAAGAGGCUCUGCAUUAUUUAACCAGAGUUGAAGUAACAGAAUUUGAAGACAUUAAAUCAGGUUACAGAAUAGAUUUUUAUUUUGAUGAAAAUCCCUACUUCGAAAAUAAAGUUCUCUCCAAAGAAUUUCAUCUGAAUGAGAGUGGUGACCCAUCCUCAAAGUCCACUGAAAUCAAAUGGAAAUCUGGAAAGGAUUUGACAAAACGCUCGAGUCAAACACAGAAUAAGGCCAGCAGGAAGAGACAACACGAAGAGCCAGAGAGCUUCUUUACCUGGUUUACUGACCACUCUGAUGCAGGUGCAGAUGAGUUAGGAGAAGUCAUCAAAGAUGACAUUUGGCCAAACCCCUUGCAGUACUAUUUGGUUCCUGAUAUGGACGAUGAAGAGGGAGAGGCAGAAGAUGAUGACGAUGAUGAUGAAGAAGAAGAAGGCUUGGAAGAUAUUGAUGAAGAAGGAGAUGAAGGUGAAGAAGAUGAAGAUGAAGAUGAUGAUGAAGGGGAAGAAGGAGAGGAGGAUGAAGGCGAGGAUGACUAGCAGAGAAGACUGAUGGAUUCCGACUCUCUUUUUUAUUUUCUUUUUAUUAAAUUUCUCCAGUCCCUGGGAGCAAGUUGCAGUCAUUUCCCUCCCAUCCCCAAUCCCUCUUGUGCUCAGUCGCCCUGUUUCUGAGGUCUCGCUUCUCAAUACCAUGGUUCUCAACUUAUUUUGGGGGAAAUGUCUUGAGCAAAAUACAAUGGGAAAAGAAAAA